AUGGACACCAGCAUUGAGACAACAGCGUCGUUUGGCGCAUUCAUAUCGAAUGUUCUCGGAUGGACGUACUUUCUCGCGUGGUCUGUGAGCUUCUAUCCGCAGAUUAUUCUAAACUACCGGCGCAAAAGGCAAGUACCUGGGCUGUCAAUAGACUUUUUAGUAUACAACGUGUACGGGUUCGCCUGCUAUGCCACCUUCAACACAGCCUUCUUCUUUAGCGAUUCGAUCCGCGACGAGUACGCAAAGCGCAACGACGGCCACCAGAACCUGGUGCGGUUCAACGACCUGUUUUUCUCUUAUCACGCGCUGGUGCUGAGCAUCGUGACCUUUGUCCAAUCGUUCCUCUACAAGAGAGCCCCCGCGCAAGAGUCGUCGCUGGUCGUGCGUGUCUUCUUCUUCGCCACCGCCACAGGGGCCGUGCUACUGUCGCUGUUCUCGACAGCAUACAACGUUGUGUACUUUUUGAGCUUCAUCAAGCUCGGGUGCAGCCUGAUAAAGUACAUUCCGCAGACAUUCUUGAAUUUCCGCCGCAAGUCGACCGUUGGCUGGUCGAUCCACAACAUCCUGCUGGACUUCACUGGCGGCGUGCUGUCGUUCACACAGCUGAUUCUCGACGCGGCCAGGUCGGGCAAUGUUGGCGAGGCGUUUGGCAACCCGGUCAAGCUGGGCAUGGGUCUGGCCAGCAUUGGGUUUGACGUUAUCUUUAUGACGCAGCACUACCUGCUGUACACCGAUCGAUAUGACCCGCGCAACUUUGAGGCCCAGCUGCAGUUCCACAGCGACGGCACGCCGAACUACGGAUCGGCUGACAACAGCGACGCCGAGUCUCGGUCUACUCUGUAA